AUGGACGGAGACGGGUCUGAUUGGGGCGGAUUGCCUCCGGAGAUACUCACAAACAUCAUCUCAAGGCUCACGAUUCAGGAGCGAUGGAAGGGACCGAUGUUCGUCCGAAAAUUGUGGCUAACCGUUUGCAGAGAUCCGUAUCUCUGGUCUAGUUUCGAUCUGGAGCAAUGGUUCGAGUCAAAUCCCGAGUCGACUCAGUGGUGGUCCACUGAUUUCGAGCGGAAAAUAGACUCAAUGCUCCGAUCAGUCGUCGAUUGGAGCGACGGAGGUCUCACCGAGAUCCGCGUCCGCCAUUGCAGCGACCACGGUCUCUCUUACGCUGCCGAGAGAUGCCCAAAUCUCAAGGUUCUCGCCGUUAGAAGCAGUCGUAACGUGACAGACGCAUCUAUGACGAAGAUAGCGUUUCGGUGCAGGAGUCUAAAGGAGCUCGAUAUCAGUUACUGUCACGAGAUAUCUCACGACGCGCUCGUGAUGAUAGGUAGGAACUGUCCCAAUCUCACGACACUGAAACGCAACCUUAUGGAUUGGUCAGAUUCUUCUCGGCACAUCAGCUCUGUUCCUACAGAGUACUUAGACGAUUCUCCUCAAGACGGAGACACAGAAGCUGACGCGAUCGGAAAACACAUGAUCAAUCUAGAGCGUUUGGAGAUUCAGUUCUCUAGAUUAUCUGCCAGGGGACUCGCUUCUAUAUGCGAGGGUUGUCAGAAGCUGGAGCACUUGGACUUGUUCGGGUGUGUGCAUUUGUCAGGCCGUGACAUUGCAAACAAUGUGUCAAGGCUGAAGCGGAUCAAGGAGGUGAAGAAGCCAGAUGUGUAUGUGCCAAGGUCAGGGGAUGUGGCUCAAACUGAGAGAUACGGACAUUGGAGACUCUAUGACGAGAGAUUUGAUAUACAAGCCAUGAGGAUCUGA